UUUCGUUUUGCAUGGCAUGUUGCAGUUAGUCUCACAUGUACAGACAUAAGGGCCAUAUGCUCGUGUUUUAAUUUAUUGCUUGGUUUGUCUCUUUGGUCGAUAUUACUGUUGUGCUAAUGAGCGAAGCCGUCCUAGACAGACACACCACUUGAGUUUUGAUGAAAGGAUCUUCCACUUCAGCCGUGAAGCACUUCAACACAUGGCCAUGCAGUGGAAUAUGCUGCGCAUUCUACCCGAAACUGAUCGUCAUCAAACGCAAAGGACCCAUGAUGACACCGCCAGAUUGAUCGCUUGGCGUGCAAGCAAUGCUGCGAUAUUCUCUGGCAGGAGGUUGUCUGCCAUCAGGGGUUACCAGUUGUUUGUGAAGGAGUGUGGUCUCGAAGGGAUAGUGUCCCCUACAUAUGUCAAGAAGAAAUGGGAAAACCUCAAGCAAAAAUAUGUGAGCCUGAAAAGAACAGCACAGGAGAAUGGCACCGACCCUGCAGCUGAGAGCUGGAGGUGGUACACCAACAUGGAGGAGGCGCUCGGUGGCCGCAUCCCAGAGUUCAAACAGUCCUACAACCUGAAACUGCCCUCGGUCUUCAUCUCCACCGCCCAGAACGAGAUGGUUCACUCUCUGGAACUCACGGUUGACCCCCAGUCCCCCACUCCUCCUCCACACCCUCUUCCUCCUCCUCCUGAUGCACCACAACACCACAAUACCUCGUCGCUCCCUCCCCCACCCAGCAAGAGGCAGAGGACAGACACUACAGACGUCAUGCUAGAGUUCCUGACCAAGCAGGAGGAGCGGGACCAGCAGAGGGACAUCGAGUGGAUGCAGCGAGAGGAGAUGAGGGAGAACGAGGCGCUGGAGAGGGAGGAGCAGCGCGAGAGCGAAGCGGUGGAGAGAGAGGAGCGCAGGGAGCGGGAAGCCAUCGCCAGGGAGGCUCGGAGGGAGAGGGAGGCCAUCGAACGAGAAGGGCGCAGGGAGAAGGAGGCCACCGAGAGGGAGGGGCGGAGGGAGAGGGAGACCAGGGAGAGGGAGGAGGCACGGGAGCGAGAGUACAGAGAGCGGGAGGAGAGACGGGAACGAGAAUUCCAAGACAGACUCGAUAGGAUGGAGACAGUGUUUAGAGAGAGGGAAGACCGGCUGCUCUCUAUUCUAGAGAAAUUGGUGAAUAAAUGAGUGCGCGUUCCAGCGAGAACUCAUGUACGCGGACUUCCAAAAAGCAAGCGGCCAUGUGAUGGAAUCACCCUGUUCAUGACUAAAUUAUUCUUUUAUGGAAGAUGUGUUCACCUGGCUGCCUGCACACACUCAGCACCAUUGUGGAUUUGAGAGGUUGUGCUAUGCUUGUGGUGGACCAGUUGGUGGCCUUAAUAGCUUAAAUCAUGGUGCUCGGUACCAAGAGGUGAAUGCAGUUCAGAAGCGCAGGCCUUGUUUAUUUGGGUAUGAUCUUAAGGUAACAUGCCGUCAACAUCUGUGUAGUGUUAGAUUAUAGGCUUAGUAAUCUUGUGUAGUACUCCUGGACCCUGUACUGUUAAACACUGGUGGAAAAAAUAAUUUCUUUUCCCUCUUAGUACAAAACAAAGUGUGCUGGAUAUUGUGUUGUUUAAGACUGGACAAUAAAUGUUCAUCAGCAAAAAGUGGUUUUAUUUUACUGAAGUUGUGGUGGAAUGUCUUUGAAAUUGUCUGAUUUGAAAUUAACUAAUUCUAAGA